CGAGAGACGGCCGGGUAGUCGAUCCUGAGGGUCGAACGAACCGAGCGAAACGAGCUUUCGCGCCUUGGUUCGCGAGACCGACCGAGAACAGAGAGAGAGAGAGAGAGAGAGAGAGAGAGAGAGAGAGAGAGAGAGAGAGAGAUAGAGCCACAUUCCGAGUGGAUCACGGAUGCUUAUAGAAGCGUUGCGUAACGGCGUCAGACGGACGGCGAAAACCGCGGCUGUUGGUCCGACGAGUUUCGGACAAGUUCGACGAAAAGUCUGCCCGCGCGGGUCCUCUUCUGGCAUCGAGGCGGACAUCGAACGCCCUGGAGACGGAUACCGAUCACGAGAAUCGCCGAUCCACGCGUUCUCAGUGCUGGUUCGAUACGGAUCGUAACCGAUAGUUCGACGUACGCGGUAUCGCAAAGUGUGGGUGACGGAGUGGGUGAGAGUGAGUACUCGGUUCCAGGAGCCGCGAGCCCGGGUCCGUUAGAUCGUUCGCGGGAAGAAGGGAUGCGGAGAAGGAGGAAGUGAUAUAUCGUCAGGGGACAAGAGGACCGCGGUGAGCAAGCGAUACGAGAAACGUGGAGGCGGACAGGAAGGAUGGAGCAACGUCCAGGGGGACGCGCGUGCGAUUUUUGCUAACGGGCAGCACGACGGCAAUAACGAAGACGACGACCACGACGACGACGACGACGAAAAGGAAGAAAAAGACGAAGAUAACGACGUGGGUGGCCGAGGCACAGGGAGGAGGAGGUGGUGGAGGCGCGGCGCGAAGAGAUGCAGCAACAGCCGCAGUCUGGCCAACAGUCCGGGGCACCGAACGGGGUGGCAGGUGGUGCCCAAUUGCCUCAAACAGGUGGCAUAAGCUCGACCCAACCUGGAGCGACAGGUACCGCCACGGCGGCGUCCAAUCGAGCCCAGGUUAACGGCGGCAGAUUCGAUUUCGACGAUGGCGGCACCUACUGCGGCGGUUGGGAGGACGGAAAGGCACACGGACACGGCGUAUGCACCGGACCCAAGGGCCAAGGUGCAUACUCCGGUAGCUGGCACUAUGGGUUCGAGGUCUCCGGCGUCUACACCUGGCCUAGUGGAUCAGCUUACGAGGGCCAAUGGCAGAACGGGAAGCGACACGGCCUGGGCAUGGAGACCCGUGGUCGUUGGAUUUAUCGCGGCGAAUGGACGCAAGGAUUCAAGGGUCGAUACGGUGUCAGACAAUCGACCACGUCCACGGCGAGGUACGAGGGCACGUGGGCGAACGGUCUUCAGGAUGGCUACGGUUCCGAAACUUACGCCGACAGUGGCACUUAUCAAGGUCAAUGGUACCAUGGAAUGAGGCACGGGUACGGCGUGAGAGCCAGCGCGCCGUUCGGUUUGGCGAGUCACUACAAACCGUCGAAGCAAGUCAGGGCUUCGUUGACGUCCCUGAGGAGCGCGGAUGGAGGUGGACCGACAGCACCGACCCCGGAACCGACCGACAGAAGGGAUCGCCGGGUCGACGACAGCAGGGGCGGUUUCGUGUUGAAGGCCAGGAGCGACGAUCCCCCGGCGCGGAGGAAGAGCCUCACGGAGAAGUCGUUGAAGAAGGGUAUACUCUCGGGCCUGAAAAUCCGAAAACAAAGGAGCACGGGCGACCUGGAAAAGCGCGGCACCGGGGGCAGUAUUAGAAGCAACGCCAGCUCCACGUCGUGGAUGUCGACGGAGAGCUCGCAGAGUCAAGCCUCGGCGUCCGUUCACACUGACAGCAACGCGUCCUUUGUCAUCGAGGACGAGCAAAUGGACGCCUCGGUAACAGAGACCUACCUGGGCGAGUGGAAGAACGACAAGAGGACAGGGUUCGGUAUGUCGGAGCGGAGCGACGGUCUCCGGUACUCGGGCGAGUGGUUCAACAAUCGGAAGUACGGCUACGGCGUGACGACGUUUCGCGACGGUACCAAGGAGGAGGGCAAGUACAAGAACAACGUCCUGAUCACCAGCCAGAAGAAGAAGCACCUGUUCCUUAUCAGAUCGGCCAAGUUCCGCGAGAGGAUAGAGGCUGCGGUAAACGCGGCGAAAAGAGCGAGCCAGAUCGCGCUACAGAAGGCGGAUAUCGCAAUCUCGAGGACGGCGACCGCGCGCGGCAGAGCCGAGCUGGCGGACAUCGCCGCGGAGCACGCGAGAGAGGACUCAGAGCUGGCCCAACAGACGGCGAAGCAAUUUGCACCGGACUUCCGACAGCCUGGUUUGGAGAGGCUACGGAACAGGGAGAUACCAAAGUACGUGCCACCGCCCCAGGACACGGCGCCGGGGAAGAGUAUCCUGCACAAGGCGAGCAACCAGGAUCAGAAGGGCGCCACGUCCCAGGGUGAACCAACCUCGACGACCAACGCGUCGGCUACGUCGACCGCGAGCAACGUGAUGCAGUCGAUCAGGAGAGCCAGCAUGAAGCCGCAGAAUCAGAUGAUGCAGAAUCAGCUGCCGCAGAACCAGAUGCCUCAGAACCCGUUACCGCAGAACCAGCUCACCCAAGAUCAGAUACCGACUCAGGUGACUCCCGCUCAACUCGUGAACCAGCUGCCGAUGAGUCAGUUGAAUCAGACUACCCUGAGCGAACAGAUUCCUUAUCAAACGCAGUACUCCCAGCCGAUGGCUCAAAAUCCUAUUCAACAGGGCCAGUAUCUUAACAGUAUACCGAAUCAGUAUCAGCAAAUGGGACAGUUUCAGUACGCUACGCAAAAUCAGUUCCCUGUUCAGGGUAGUCCGUAUGGUCAGGCGCAGUACCAGCCUAUGAGUCCACCUCAGGCCGAUCAGUAUUCGUAUCAGCAGCAGCCGGUUAGCUCUCAGGUCUACCAGAAUAUGCAGGCUUAUCCGAAUCAGCAGACGAUGCCGAACCAGUAUGGUCCAGGACAGAUGAACCAGUACGGUUCGCAGCAACUUUACGGCCAGCAGCAACAGCCGCCACCGCCCCAACAGCAAACGCAAGUUCCACAACAGUACCAACCCGAUGGGGACCCGCAACGACCGCCAAGUUCAACCAGUAUACGAAGGAACAGCAGGAUCUUGACCCCUCAGGAUCGACCCGGCACCAUUGGGCAAACGCUAAACGACAGAUUAGAUCAUUACAAGAGGCCGCCCAGCCGCGAUAGUUCCGUAGACCGUUACGCUAGAGCGCAUUCCCGGUUGACUGGGUCGAGACAGCCGUCCGUCGAUAAAACCAUCACGAAUCCGCCCCAAGAAAUGCUCGACAGAUCAACGAGAGCACCGAGCGCGAUUCGAUCAGGCACUCCGUUGAACGGAUCCGUGGUGGGAAGCGGCACCGCGACGCCGACGUACGCCGCCUCGACUUCCAGCCAAUUCGAGGGAGCACUGCUGAAGAAUCGCGGCCUUGGACAGGAUAUUCUACCGAGCCAAGGACAGCCUAAGCGUACGGAGAGCCUCUACGUCACUCCCGGACGCGGUCCGACCGCAUCCGGUGGCGGAGGCGGCGGCGGGGGCGUCGUGCCGAAGGCGAUGCCGGCGGCGGCGGCAGCGAUUUCCCUUCAACGAAAGAAGUCACUGCCGGAUGUGGCGCAGCCCAUUCAGCUGACAGCGACGUCGCCGCUAUCCAGGGAGGAAGUCAGCGUCCUGAGCAGCAUGAGGAGAGAGGAGAUCCGCAGGCAGAUCGACGAGAGCGAGAGGCUCAGAGCCAAUCCUCUACUGUACUUGGUCAGCCCUCAGGUUAAAGACUGGUUCUCCCGGCAGAAGCUCGUGAUGCUGGUGCUCUUCAUCAACAUAUCCCUAGCCCUGAUGUUCUUCAAGCUGCUGACGUAGCAGCCAGCCGACGAUCGGGUUCACGGACUCGUGGUGGACGUGACCUGAGGCCCCUGGAGCGUCACGACGCCCCAGAGGCCGUCACCGAAAACCAAAACUCAAGGAGCAAUGAACCAGAGGGCGCGAGCGUGCCCUCGACGCAAAAUCACGAGGACAAAACCGCUGAAAACGGCUUUCGAGCGAUCUUACUCGGUCCCACGUAAGAUUUUACGCGCAAGGAACUGUUGGUAAGGACCUCGAGGAUUCGCGUGGGACAAGGACGAUCGGGACGUGGAAUUUCUGAGGAGAGAAUCUUUUUGAAGUCGAAGCAAAUGAUCGACGUAUAACGAAACGUCGCCAGGUCCCUGGGUGGCCCAGGACACCUCGCGGACGACAAAGGGAGGAAGAGCAGCUCGUUUUUGUCUGAAACGGGGCACUCGCGACACCGACGUGCCCCGGCGCCUGUAUCAUACCUAUUUUUACACCGAGUAUUUUAAUAUAAUAAUAUUUGUAAGGGCUGGCCGACGCCACGCUCUGAACACGGUGCGCACACACGAAUACUCUCUACACUUUUUCCUUUUUUUUCUCGACGAUCGGCUCGAGCGCGGACGACCAGGACUUUUAUACGCAAAUAGAGCAGCUAGAGUAGCGCGGGUCAUUUAUUCUCGAGACAUAUUACCCCGAGAGGGAACGACGAACGAUGGUGAUUUUCAAACGUUUUUUGCACACCCGUUAUCGAGGAUUAGUGCACGGGGGUUAGGAUUAAGAUCGACUCGACGCUUUAAAAUAAACUCGCAGGCUCGAUUUACGGGGGCUACUAAAUGCUUCGAUUCCUGCUACCCCUUCUACUCGACGAGCAUUUAGCUAUUGCGCGCCAUGGAUGCAUCGCGGAUGCGCGAAACCGAUGCGCAGGCUCGCGGAUAAGUUUUAAAUAGGUUAUCGAAUCAACGAUUAAACCAUUAUCGACUGCAACUGUGAGACAUCGAUACUCUGUCAAUUCGAGCCGCGUAAAAACUUUAAUCGGUUUUCGAUUCCAGGAUUCGACUAUUAUUUAGUAAAUAUAUUCCAUUGCUUUUAGAAAAUAAAUAAUUAUACAACGGGGGUUCGAAAACUUUCGAAAUGUAACGCAUAAAUAAAUCUGAAAUCUUGUUUUUUAAUCAUGGACCGUUUCAAAAAGAUUAAAAAUGAUAUUGUGUGCCAUAGAAAUGUUUAAAUCACCCUUUGUGCGUUGUAAUAUAAUAAUAGUGACCACGUUGACAAAGCAUUAUUAUCUCACAGCAAUUUAUCGUACGUAGGUUAGGUGUAUUGGAAGCAUAGAGUUGUGCAGUCGAGCGCAUAAUGGUUCUGCGCAUCUUUAUCGCGCAGCUAUCAAACGGUUUAAGCGCGCGAAAGCACACGCAUGCGUAGAAGAAGAAGGGGUGUGCGUGAAGUUGGUCGUUUACCCUUCAGCUGGCAAGAAUCCGUGCCUCAGAAUAUACGCUGUUUCUCGGACAACUGAUCGAAUUUCCACGCGAUAUCCGAUACGGAGUUAUUUCCAUCACCGGUUUAUUUAUCGAAUUCUGUUCAUCGUUAAAAAUUACGUACAUUUUCAAUGAGAUUAUUAUUACGGGACUAACAAGGUUUUUCCCUUUUUGAAAUGAGACUAAACACGGUCUCGAUCGGACUAUUUUUAGUUAUACUUGUAGCUUUUGUUUCUUCUUUUAGUUUAUCAGUUAUUCAUGUUCGCUUACACAAAUAUAUCUAUACACAUAUAUCUUCCUUCAUUAUUUUUCUUUUGUCCGUUUGUUUGCUUCCAUCGAUGCUUUCUACUUUUAGACGCGUCAAAAAAUAUACGUUAUUCGAUAAGAAUUACUGAUAAAAGCAUAAUAAAUACCGUGAAUGUUUUGGCCAAUGUUUUUUUUUGAAGAAGAUCUGCACAAAUGUUUCGCAAAUACCGAAGUCGUUUUUGCAGCUAUAUUUAUCGACUAUUUCGUUUUAAUAUUUUAUUUCUAUCCUACAGAAUUUUUUCACGCAAUAAUUUUACUUAUCCACGCAAGACUCUUUUUCUUCCUGUAAUUUCGUAAGAAUUUUUCUAACCGCCAUUAUAUUUUAACUUUUAGAUUAACUGUGAAAUAGAAUCUUAAUUUGUAAGAUAUUUACAACAUUGUACAUAAGAGAAAAAUGCUUGAAAAGCUAUAAGAGUCAUAGUGAUUACGAUUUUGGUAGUCACGGUAUGUUAUAUUAUUUGUUAUUUUGAUUCUCUCGCGAACUCCUUAAUUGUUACCAUCAGUAAGUUUUCCAUUUACGCUACUGAAGUAGUAUUUGGUGUAUAUAUAUUUUGUACGUCUUCCACUCGUGUCGAUUCUCAAUUAUAUUUUCCUAUAUUCAUUUUUGUACCAUUUAGUUUUUAUAUUAUUAUUUUUUUAACCAAGGACUAACACCCUUUAGCCAAAACGCCCAGAGUAUUUAUUACUGUUAUCGGAAAAGUUCGCUUAUAUAAUCGAAAAAUUUAUCGAAGAUAAAAAUUUCCAAUUACUCAGGAUUAAAAAUAAUUCUUGCAAAAUCGUGUUUGAACUCAUUUCUGUCGGUAGAAUCUUGUAAAUCGAUUAAUAAUGCAUCCACGAAUACAUGUGCAACUAACCCUUGUCCAUAUUAAAUCAAAGGACUACUUAAAAGACAAUAAUUUUUAUGUUAUAGUUUUUGUUAAUUUGUAAUAAGAAACCACGCAAUGGUGAUUUUAUAGAAUGAAUAUUAUUAGAAAAUAAUGUAUUGCUCCGGUCGUCAAAGUAGCUAAGCUCGUCUCUGAAAGACAGUUCAGUAUAGCGAUCAGUUAUCCGUGCAACAGCGCAUUGACCCAGAAGAAGCAUCGAGUUUCGAGUUUCUAAGCAAUUGUUGCGAUUUUUACGAGUCCGAGGGACGGUCACCUGUUGUACAAUUAACGAUUACGAUGUAUUCAUGUGUUAUCGCCGUGUAAUCGUAUGGGUGUCGCACGGAUAUCGGCACGUAAAUGUUACUACGCGAUUUCCAUUGGAAAAGCUUCGCUCGCGAGGCAUUUUUUUCGCGCAGUCGCGCCUUCCACGCGAACUAUGUACAUAGACACUUUUUCCCGACUUUUUAUAUUACACGUAGAGUCUCCAUCGAUCGAGACGUUUAAACCAUACAUGCAGAAAACAUUGGCUUCGCCAAAUUAUCGGAGAUAAGCUCCGUUUGUCUCCGAUCGCGGUGUAUUUGUACGCGUUUUUUCAGAAUGGAAGAAAGAAUAUCGUAAAAUAAAUACACGUCGCUCCAGUUAUCGCGAACCGUGAGAAUCAGAAUUUAUUUACGAUCGAGGAACUCGACACGAUAACGAAUCUCGUAAUCGAGAGAUCUUUGUAUUUCGUCGACAAACAUCCGAGAGGAUUUCACGAGCGGUACCGAUGUGUCCUGGUACGAACGUUUCAACUUUUUACAAAAAAAAAAAGAAAAAAGAAAAAU